GCGUGCUGCCCCUGGGGUGGGGGAGCCACGGGCUGGGGCCCCCAGCACCUCCCCGGGACCUGCGGGGCUCUGCCUGCGGCACCUGCACCCUGCACUUCAUAUAUGCACCCCCGCACCCUAUAGGCAUGCCCCUGCACUUUAUAUGCACACCCCACAGCUUAUGUGCAUGUCCCUGCACUUUAUAUGUGCACACCCCUGAACUUUAUAUGUGCACCCCACAACUUAUAUGCAUGCCCUGCACUUUAUAUGCACACCCCACACCUUAUAUGCUCAUCCUGCACUUUAUAUGCACACCCCCACAGCUUAUAUCCACUCCCCACAGCUUAUAUGUACACCCCACAGCUUGUAUGCGCUCCCUGCACUUUAUAUGUACUCCCCGCACUUUAUAUGCACACCCCACAGUGUAUAUGCGCUCCCCACACAUUAUGCACUCCUGCACCUUUUAUGUGCGCCCCGUCCCUGGCUCCACCAAGUCCUGGGACUUUCCAGGCAGACUCCUGGCUCUGGCUAGACAAGCCCUGAGCGGUGUCCAUCGGCUCCCUCACCUCAUUUGGGGGCAGCAAGUUCCCUGCUUUGUGUCCCCUUGCAGCUCCCUUGUUAGGACCGGCAACUUCUCCUGUUUUCUUGUUAUUUGUCCUUUGUAUUGAGUUGUACCCUCAUUAGGGACCUCUCUGAUUAAGGGGGCAUCCAGAGGUUUCUCAUGGGCAUCAGCCCAGAGUUUCCUUGGCCAAGCCAGUAGGCCUGGGAGGUGUACGUCAUCCCAUUUGUAAGGUGUUUCAGGGGUGUUGACUCUGAAACCUAAAGAUGGCACGUUCAAACCCACCAGUGUUAACUGGUUUGGCAGAAACGUUCGACCAGUGUGCUUCCCCCACCAUCUCGUCCCGCCUCUUUCCAGGUCUUGGCUGUGCCCUGCCUGGCUGCCAAAACCUCCUGGCAACUUCCUACCGAGCACUCCCAUCACAUCUGUACCUAUUAAAAUGCUCCCCGAUAGACCCCAGGCCUCCUUGGGAAAAGCCAGCUCUUAGUUCCCAUUAGUUUUUUGACUACAGAAAAAUACGCACACCUCACAGUGCUAACAUUGUGUGACACCCGAUGGCACCCUCGAAAGGAUCUCAAGGCACCCCAGUAGGCUGUGACAUCCUGGCUGGUGCACACAAAAUCCUAUGGCACACUCAAAAACGAGCCCUGAACCAAAUGGAGCUAAACCCCAGCAUUGCUCGCACGAGGCUGCUGAUGGUGCAGCUCACUUUCAGAGUCUGAGCCGUUGUGGACCUCGUGCUGGGGUGCCGCAGCACUGGGGUGCAGCUCCCCGGGGAGUGCAGGGAUCUGCGACGAUCCCAGAUCACCCUGCGGGAUGUUCCUGGGGUCCUCAGGACCGCGCUGCUGCGGCUCAGCCCCUGGCUUGUUCUUAGCACCGCGAUGCUCGUUGUUGCAGGUCCCGGCGAGGCGUGAGGACGUGGCAGCCUGUUUCCUCUCCGAGCGACGGCAGAGAUUCGUGGGAGCAGUACAGCCUCGCCAUGCGGGAGAAUUACGAUGUCCUGAUGGCCCUGGCAAGUGCAGGCAGAGGCAGCGAGGCAGCAUGCAUGUGCAUCAGGGCCAGUCUCUGUGUUGCGCAGGGUCCCCCAUCACCAAGCCAGAGUUGGUCCCCCAGAUCGAACACGCUGAAGAGCCGUGUGUCCAAGCCCAGGGGCAGGCUGAGGAACAGGAGGCCCCAGGCUGCGUCAACCCAGGGUCCAUUGUCCCCAAGCCUGAGGUUUUUCCACUGGGGGAGCAAGAGCAGCAGCAGCAGCGUGGUGGGCAACAGAGGGGUCCGGAAGAGGGAAAUGGCUGCUCAGGCGACUGGCUCGUCAGGAAGGUGAAGGUGGAGGAGGACGAAUGGCCCACACCCCCCAGUGCCGAGGCACUGCUGUCAGGGCAGCUGCAGGGUGGCUUCCAGCCGCCGCAGACGGAUCAGAGCUACCUGAGCACAUGCAAGCCGGAAGAGGAGGAGUACACCAGCUACAGUGACCUGCCCGGCUUGGCUCUGCCGCCGUGGCAGCUGCCAAGCGAGACGCCGUACGGCUACCCGGCCCACGAGCGGCGUUUCGGGGACGGCAGCCCACGCCCCUUCCCCUGCGCACAGUGCGGCAAGGGCUUCGGCAAGAAGGCACACCUGACCCGGCACCAGCGCGUGCACACGGGCGAGCGCCCCUACCCCUGCGACCGCUGCGGGCGCCGCUUCAGCCAGAAGAUCCACCUGGGCUCGCACCAGCGCGUGCACACGGGCGAACGCCCCUUCCCCUGCGACCACUGCGGGAGGUGCUUCCGCAAGAAGACCCACCUGCUGCGGCACCAGCGCGUGCACACCGGCGAGCGCCCCUUCCCCUGCGACUGCUGCGGGCGCCGCUUCACCCACAAGCAGCACCUGGCGCGGCACCAGCAGCUGCACGCGGCGCCGGGGGAGCCGGACGCCCCGUGUCCGCCGAAGGUGGAGCCAGACGUGGAGGCAGCCACGGUGGCUCCCGCGGUGGGGCCGAAGCCCUUCACGUGCCAGCAAUGCGGGAAGAGCUUCGGCUGGAAGAAGAACCUGACGUCGCACCAGCGGCUGCACGCGGAGGGGCGGCCGUUCGUGUGCGCCGAGUGCGGGCGCGGCUUCAGCGACAAGCGGCACCUGACGGCCCACCUGCGGGGCCACAUGGGGCUCAAGCCCUACGCCUGCGCCUACUGCGAGAAGAGCUUCAGCCACAAGCCCAACCUCACCAUCCACCAACGCAGCCACACCGGCGAGCGCCCCUUCACCUGCCCCGAUUGCGGCCGCGGCUUCGCCCACCCCCACCACCUGGUGCGGCACCGCCGCGUGCACACGGGCGAGCGCCCCUACACUUGCUCACAGUGUGGCCGCUGCUUCAGCUCCCGUCCCAACCUCAUGGCCCACGCCAAGGCCCACGCCGAGCAGCGUCCACACGCCUGCGAGCAGUGCGGCCGCGGCUUCAGCCGGAAGUCCCACCUGGUGCGCCACCAGGCCGUGCACACCGGCAUGCGCCCGCAUGGCUGCGCCCAGUGCGGCAAGCACUUCAGCUCCAAGACCAACCUGGCGCGCCACCAGGCCGUGCACACGGGGCUGCGGCCUUACAUCUGCACUCAGUGCGGGAAGAGCUUCAGCCGCAAGACCCACCUCCUCCGCCACGAGCGCACCCACUCCAGGCCCCUGCCGAGGGACGGCGGCGGUGGUGGCUGGGGGGCCCUGCCGGAUCCGCUGGCCCAGCCCGCAGCCCACCUCUGAGGAACUGGCCAGCCGUGCCCGCAGCCCCUCCGCCAUGCCCAGGACUCAUAGCCCCCCACUUCUGCUAGCCCAGCCCUGGACGCCCAUAUGGGAUGGUGACCUGCAGACCUCCCUCUUAUUGCAACCCUGGUGGUCCCCUUCCUUUCCAGCUGUAUCGCCUGUAUCAUCAGCUGGGCUCUGCAACCUCCUCUUCCUGCAUGCGCUGCUCUGCCUGGGCCCUCCGUCCCAGGUCUGUUCGUUCCAGUAUGAUCCAUGUGAUUACAUUGCAAAUCUGCCCAGAAGCACGCAACACCCUGGCUACAGACUGAGCAUGAACAAAGAGAGCCAUGUGAAGCCGGCUCAGACCCACAAGCAGGUAAGACACGGAUAUGUUAUCACAGCCCGCUAUCUACUCCACGCCGCCUGAUGCAGGGAAGUUACUUGAGAGGAGCUUCCAGCCAGCUAAGGACGUGAAACCCCAACCUGAGAGAUGUCACAAAAUCAUCAGCUGCAAAAUGAAGCCUUAAAAAACCUACAGGGCAGCUGGUCAAGCAGGGGAUGGAGCGAGAACCCGUCCGUGGACCCUUGCUAAGUGUGGUUAUACCUAGAUGGGGAGAGCAGUGCAACCCUAGAGCCAAACUGCUGUAGCAAAUCGUGCUGCAGAUCAGGUUAGCAGGACAUUUCUUAGCUGGGUUCUGCAUGCCUUAGCCACGGACCCUGCAAAUCCUGCUCUAGCCUGUCUCCUGUUCAAGCCGAUUUAUAGGACCCCAGAGAGGAGGACAGACCCUGUGUCGGGGAGUCACUGUUCUGCACCCCAGAAGCGGCACAUGAAGGGACCUACAGUCAUGAUCUGAAUGGGAGGGGAGCAUGCUCUCUCCACAUCUGAAUGUCCGUGUUGCUCUCUAAGCCCGUAGCCUUGUCAGUGCCAUGUUUCCUGGGUGUUUCCACCCUCGCGUACAGCUUGGGGGUGUCUGAAGAGACCUCCAGGAUGGGGCAGUCAGGACGAUAGCCGAGCCCUGUCUAACGAAGUCGUCGCUGUUCUCCUUGGCUGGAUGAAGGACCCCGCUAAAGGUCAGAUGCUGUUUGCACUGUUAGGUGCCUGCGUGUGAUCCUCUUCCAGCCCGCUCGAGUCCACCAAAGCAGCUGAUGCAAAAGGUGGGUGGGUUCUUGCUGUGAAGGGUCAGAGGAUGGUGCGUUACAAAAGCGGACGCGCUCGCGGAUUUUCAGGGCUGGAAUAGACACCUAGGUCGGGGUGCCCAAUGCAUAGGGUGGGCAUAGACCCAGAUCAGCUGCUCAAUGGGUAGAGCAGAAUCUGGCCUUGAGCCCUGACGUUGCAUGAACACUUCAUGUCUCCAGAGCCCCGCUCCGUUCCCCUCAUCAGCUGCAUUGGCGGUCACUGAUUAGCCCCAUUUUACAGACGGGGAAGUUGGGACUAGAAAGGGCAUGUUCACAAAUGCCCUUCGUGCCUGCUAACGCCCGGGUACCAGAAGCCCUGAAAUACAAUUCUGCCUAAAAACCCACAGAUCUGCAGGGAACCGUUGUCUUUGGGCUUCAUUCGAAAAGGACAAUCACCUGUUAAUCCUGACCCUGUAUCUGCUCAGCACCCAAUCAGUCAGAUACCCCAUCAGCCCUGCAUUCAUUAAUUCUGCCUUCCCCCGACCCUGUACAUACCCUGCUCUGUAGCCUUGUAUCAGUUCCUCACCCCCCUUCUCCCAUCUGUCCUGCACAUCUGCAGCAAACUCCUGCUCUGUAAGCUUUUUGUCCCCCCAAAGGUGCUGGGAAGGAGGUAGGGGCCUCGUCUUUCCCAGACCAGAGAUUGGAGUAGUGGUUCUCCACUUUUUGUAGACCCCAGGC